GGAGCCUCUUUCUAACUGCAGGACACUACCACCAACAGCUGCUGCUGCUGCUGCAGGAUGAGACGUCGUCUGGACCCUCGUGGAUGAGUCUCGUGCACCAGGGAGCCUCAGCAAACGCGUUCCUGAUCGCUGUGGUGGAUUAAAGUGACAGGGUUCUGAUUAAAGACUCAAAAAUGUCAACUGCCGAGGCCUUUGUCACACUGGCCACCACAGACACCUACUGCAUGGGGGCAGCAGUCGUAGCCAGGAGUCUGCGGCGGCACGGGACGACUCGCAGCAUCGUCACCAUGGUGACGCCUAAUGUGUCCCAACAGUCAAGGCUUUCUCUGGAGUCCGUGUUUGAUGAGGUCAUCGUGGUGGACGUGAUGGACAGCGAGGACCGUCUCCACCUGUCCCUGCUGGGACGUCCCGAGCUCGGCAUCACCUUCACCAAGCUCCACUGCUGGACCCUGACCCAGUACAGCAAGUGUGUGUUCCUGGAUGCUGACACGCUUGUUCUGUGCAACGUGGACGAGCUGCUGGACAGAGAGGAGCUGUCGGCCGCUCCGGAUCCCGGUUGGCCCGACUGCUUCAACUCGGGCGUGUUUGUCUUCAGGCCUUCGCUCCGCACCUACGGCCGGCUCCUGGACCACGCCCUGCGGCACGGCAGCUUUGACGGAGGAGACCAGGGGCUGCUGAACUCCUUCUUCAGCACGUGGCCGGUGGACGACAUCAGCAAACACCUGCCCUUCAUCUACAACCUCAGUGCCAGCUCCAUCUACAGCUACCUCCCUGCUUUCCAACAGUUCGGACAUAACGCAAAGAUCGUCCAUUUCCUGGGACCGGUGAAACCGUGGAGCUCCAGCAGCUACAGAGACCACGGCUGCUCCCACACCAUGGAGCAGUAUGUGCAACUGUGGUGGAGGGAGUAUCUGAGUCACACGUCGCCCUCAGAACCAGAGGACCAGCCCGGACAAGAUGCCGUGGACACGCAGCAGGUUCAUAAAAGUGAAAGCAAGACGGCAGUUGGUGAAAAGUUGGACACCUGCUGUUCCCUGCUCGCACAUUUUUCACCUCCAGCGGAAGGUCUUCAUUCACCAGCUGAACCACAGAAGUUUUCCCACGCAGACACCAAACUGUCUGAAGAGGAGCCCGAGACGGCAUCAGCUGGACAGACGGAGAGCCAGGACUCGGCUGUGGCCACAGAAGAGUCCGGCGGCAGUGAAGACGCUGAUGCACACACGGCUGCAGACCCGGAGAGAGAGCGUCAGGAGCACCGAAGGCUGUGGGAGGCCGGACAGAUCGACUACCUGGGCAGAGACGCCUUCCACAACAUCCAGAGGAUGCUGGACCGCUUCCUGGACUAGAACCCGGCGCCAUAUGACUCACCCACACCUGUCCCUGCAGCUUGAAGCCUAAAAGCAGUGGGACCUGUGGGAUUCCGGCUUUGACUCCAUAUUUAUGCUACAGCGCCUCCUUAGUGCUCAGUGACGUGUACCACUCCCAUCAGGCCUGACAUCUGCACCACACUUCAAAAUAAAAUACCAGAAGUAAUUUACAUGAUAACGUUUGCGCUUCGUAAUAACUCAUCUGAACGCACUUAAAUAUCAGGAAACUGGGAACCGGUAGUAAACCUGUUUUUACCUGUUGGCAAAAGCUACUGUACGUUAUGAAGAAAACCGGAUGGAUUCAUUCAAGCAUCAGGACGACCUUGAAGAAAGCUGCAUUCUGCAGGAUGCUGAAGCUCGGUCAACAAAGAAAAUGAUUUCAAGCCAACCUUCCCGUUCACUGGGAAUUGAAAACACAGGUCCUGGAAGAUUUGAGUGGCUGCCAGUCAUCUGUCUUGAUCCAUAGAACAUCUGGGAUUUGAGGAAUUCAAUUGCAGCAAAGCUUGAAAUGUUUGUGACCUGGAGGCUGUUUCCAGGGAAGAACAGUCAGGAAAUAUACGUCUGCUAUCACGUUUUCAGCAGGUCAUACAGAACAAAACAUGCCUUAAGUACAUAAAGGAAAAUAAAAAUAAUUUUAGAGUA